AUGAGCGGUGGAAUCUACGGCGGAGGUGAGAAGGCUCAAAUUUUAAUUUUCAAUAUGGCAACUUUUUUUUAGAUGACGUUAGCGGCCUGGUGUUCGACGCUGGAUCGCACACAUUUCGCGUUGGCUUUGCUGGAGAAGAAUACCCAAAGGUUUUUUCUGCCUCAUAAUCUGUUCAUCUUUUGAUAAAAUCUCAGGGUGAUACUCCGUCUUUUGUUGCCAUCCAAGAGCCUGAGCCUGAUGAAGACGUAGAGAUGAAAGAAAACGCUGAGGUAAAAGCGCUUGUAAUUUUCGAAACCUUCUUAACAAAUGAUUUUUAGAAGAAGACGUCUAACGUUCAUGUAAAGCGUGACAAGAAUGUUUUCAUUGGCACGACGAAAAUUAUUGUUCCCCGCGCGAGGACAAACAUUCAAGGAUUUAUGAAAGAUGGGAUGAGUGAGUGAAGUUUUCGAGCAAAGGUAUUUCAUCUGUAAAAUUCAGUUGACGAUUGGGAUAUCUUUGAAAACUUGGUAGAGUACAACUACAACAACAUCCUUUACAGUAAUCCUCAAGAACACCCUGUUUUAUUCACAGAAAGCGCGGUAAAAUCAGUAGUUCUGUUUUUAUGGGAAUCCUAUUUUGUUUAGUGGAACGAGCGCAGUAAAAGGGAAAGGCUGACAGAGUUGAUGUUCGAAAAAUUUCAAGUUCCAGCUUUCUUCCUCUCAAAAAACGCUGUCUUAACUACGUAUGUUUUUUUAUUCUUUGGAGAGAGUAGAGAGGACAAGAAACGGAUCAAAAUCCUUAUAAUGAUUCAGUUUCUCCAACGGAAGAACUGGAGGUUUGAUCGUGGACAGCGGCGCCACACACACUUCUGUCGUACCCGUUCACGAUGGAUAUGCGGUCACCAAUGGUUCGUUUCAUUUUAUUCUGUCAUAGUCCUGAUUGCCGUUUCAGCGGUCGUCCGAUCCCCAUUAGGAGGCGAUUUGAUCACAGAGCAACUUGAUAAAAUGCUCGCAGAACAAGGGAUCGACGUAGUUCCCACCUACAAAAUCGCUUCCAAGGUUGGUUCAGCAAGAUGGAGAAAAGUUACAAUGUUGUUUUCGAUUAGGAGGAAGUGGAGGAAAGUCAACCACCCAGGUGGACGCCGAAAAAGAAUCUACCUGCGGUCACGGAAAGUUAUGAUAAAUUCAUGCGAAAACAGGUUGGUAAUCAUUAUUUUUUCGUUAAAAAAAGAUAGGAAUAUUUCUCAACAUUGAUCAAUGUAGUAUGAAUGUAAAAAACAAUUUUAAAAAGGGUCUGUAAGUACUUUACUAACGUAGAGUCGUGUACAGUUUUUCAACAAUCGUGUGAUUUAAUUCCAAAUUUUUUUACUUUCUAUAUUUUUGAUCGUAUAGUGAAAAGAAGAGAGACGCGACAAAUUAAUAUAUAGUGAGAUAUUUAUCUAAAAAAGAGAAUUAAAAGGAGGUUUCUAGAAUACUUAUUUUACGAUUUCGGUUUUCUUAGGUUCUGGAAGACAUGUCCGCCUCGAUUCUCCAACUUUGCGAUGCGACGAUCGAUUUGGAAUACGCGGACAAGUUGCCGUCCACCCCGUACUCAUUACCCAACGGUUUCACCAAGGUUUCGGCCAAAAGGAGUCUUGAAAAGAUGGAGAAUCUCCAGGAAUUUAUGGCGGAGAGGAUAAAAGUGCCUGAAUGCCUAUUUGACCUCAAGUACUUGAAAAACACGGCGAGUACGGGACUGAUGCCUGUCGCCCAGAUGGCCGCCGCCGCUGCCGGAAUGAGCGACAUCGAUAUUCGACCGGUUAGUUUCGUCUUUGUUGAGAUCUUUUUUUCAAAGAGAUAAUUAGAAAAAAAAGGGUUUUUCAAUUGACUAACACUUUGAAGAACAUGCAAAUUUUUUUAUUAUGAUAGUGAUAGUUAUCAAACUUUGAAAGAAAAAGAAAAUUCGGAACUACCGGUAACUCUGAAUUUCAGAGUCUGAAAUGAUAAUUUGGUCAAAAAUAAGAAUCCAAACUUUAAUAUUUUUCAUCACAGACACUCCCUCUAAGAUUCAUGACCUCCUAAAUCCAUAAAAAGACAACCAAGCUUUCACAUAUCGUCGAUAAAAAGUUUUUUUGUCGAGUUUCGACGGAUGUUUAAGUUUAUAAAGUUAGAAUUUUUAAGGUUUUUAUGAUAGUUAUCCAACUGAACUCAGGUAAACGGGCUCUUUUUCUUUUUCAAAAUUUUUCUUUUGAGAUUGUUUUUCCUAAAAUUAGGUGUUCUAUUUUUAAUGUUACUUCUUUCUUUGCAGUCCCUAUACAGCGCAGUUACCCUGACUGGCGGUAAUUCUCUGAUUCUGGGAUUCGCAGAACGGUUAAACCACGAACUCGCCAUGAAAUGCCCCCCGGUAACAUUGCAUGUUUCGAAAUGAUUAAAAAUACCCCUUUAAAGACGAUAAAACUGCGAGUUUCUGCGGCGCCGACGUCGACAGAAAGGAGGUUCAGCGCCUGGAUCGGAGGAUCGAUCUUAGCUUCCUUAGUGAGUCUACUUUUCUCAAAAGCUUGAGCGGAAGGUUAUUCAGGGCUCCUUCCAACAAAUGUGGAUCGGCAAGUCAGAGUACGAGGAAACGGGCCGAAUAAUCGUCGACAAGAAGUGUCCUUAA